AUGGAUGUUACAAUGGAGAAAAAGAUAAAGCACUACAGUAACUAUCAUAAGACACUCCUUGUGGGAGAGGGAGAUUUCUCCUUCGCACUUUGUUUGGCAAAUGCAUUUGGCUCUGCUUCCAACAUGGUAGCAACCUCCCUUGAUUCCAAAGAGUCGUUAAUAAGGAACUACUCCAGAGCUUCAACAAAUUUGAAUGAACUGGAGAACCUUGGUUGCACCGUUGUGCAUGAAGUGGAUGCUCAUAUAAUGGAUACACACCAUCUUCUUUAUUUGGAGUUUUUUGACCGCAUAGUCUACAAUUUUCCUCAUGCUGGUUUUCUUUUUCCCGAGCGUAAUCCGUUCCAAAUUUGGUAUCAUCAGUAUGUGGUUCGAGGGUUUUUUAAUAGUGCAAGGAAGAUGUUAAGAUACGGUGGAGAAAUUCACGUGACACACAAGAAAGGCCAACCUUUCUGUUCCUGGGAAAUCGUGAAGCUGGCAGAGGAAGUUGGGUUGUUCUUGGUUGAGGAGGUGCCUUUUUACAUAUGGGAUUAUCCAGGUUACAUUAAUAAGAGAGGAUCCGGUAAUAAAUGCGACGAAAGUUUUACUGUUGGUGCUUGCAGCACCUUCAAGUUCUCAGCACGUUCAUUUUGA